AUGGCCGGUGGUGCAGCCAAGUAUCGCCAUCUCAGCCGCAAGUCAUCGCACAGACAGGCCCUUCUUCGCAACUUGGUCACCUCUCUCUUCAAACAUGAGUCGAUCACAACAACAUGGCCCAAGGCCAAGGAGGCGCAACGGCUGGCUGAGAAGUUGAUCACAUUGGGCAAGAAGAACACAGAAGCGAGCCGGAGACAGGCUUUGUCGGUUUUCUAUACUCCUCAUGAUCUCCUUCCUAAGCUCUUUGGACCCCUUCGGGAACGCUACGCCGAGCGUCCCGGCGGCUACACUCGAGUAUUACGUGUCGAGCCCAAGAAAGACGACCAAGCACCUAGCGCCAUCCUGGAACUCGUUGACGGAUCCAAGGAUAUACGGUUCGCGAUGACGGCACGCACCGUCGCCAGGCAACGGUCUCAGGGUCUGGACACUCUCAAUGAACUGACACGGUUGAACGUACAGAAGGUGACGCGGUUCCGAAAAGACGGCGUUGACGACUUGGAGCGGGAGAUUAAGAAGUUGGAGCUUGACGGCCGGAAGGAAGAGAAGGCUCAGAAAGCUCAGGCGAAAGGAGAAUCGAAGCAAUAG